CCGGAUGUCCUCCAUAUACUCCAUACCCCCCCCCCUCCAAAAAAAAUUCACUCCACCCCAAAAAUAAAAUUUCUCUCUCUUUCUCUAGGUUUCCCCCUUAUCCCACCCGCUGCUUCGCCGUCCAUGCGCCUCGCAGCAUCAUAGCAUGGGGUUGUCUUCAUCGCGUCGUCCCUGCGCCUCGCAGCAUCAUACCCCUAGCGGGACUUUUAAUCCUUUCUGAUCUGAAUCUUUCGGAUCUUGAAUUCAUCAUGAAUUAAUCCGGUUGAAGCAUCAACGUUCAUUUUCAUAGAACUCUCGUCACUGUGAGCUCUUCAAAUAGAGCAACCUGCAAACGCAAUCAGCCAAUCAAUCCAAUGGGUCGGUUCGAUGAAGAUUUGAAGUUCAGUAGCCACAAAUGAACAAAAUGCAAAGGAAUAUAUCAAGUGUAGCCCGCGCAUGCGUACUUUCACUAGGGAAUCCCACUACCCAGACUUGCCUUUUGAUAGGGCAAAAGCACCGAAAAGGACAGGAUUCAUUGAUUCAGUGAUGAAGGCUAAACUAGGAAAUAACCCUAAUAUCUAUCUUUGGAGAAGCCAUUGGGAGACCCAAUCUGUGAUCAAGAAUGGAUAUACAUGGAAAAUUGGCACAUGCAUAAAUCGAUCUUUGGAGGGGUCCCUGGCUGUUGAAUAUACAUAGCCCUCAUAUCUCUUCUCAAGCACUGUUUUUGUGCAAUUCUGCAAGGUUUCUAGGAUAUGAAGAGAAUUAGCUCCUUCAAUCAAAUAGGCCAGGACCU